CGAUUCCCCACAAUAAUAUCCAGUUUCCUCCAUGCUGUUGGCCACAAGGGGGUGGGGGCACACAGGAGUUACUUGCUCUAGAUUCUCUUUCGAGGUUACACGUGUUCACUGAUCAUUAAACACGUAGCUGGCUCCAGUUUGAACUUGAGAUCGGAAAACAGCCUAUCCAUGCAGUAUAACGAUCUGUGAAUCUGCGCAGAGAGCGCAGCAUUGGCCAACAAGUGAAUUUGGACGGUUUAUUUGAAUGUCGUAAAAGGCAAGAUGGCUGAAGUGUCUGGGGAUGGCGUGUCUGCACCGCUACCGGGAAGAUGCGGGUUUUACGUGGAAAGGAAAAGGCGAUACUGCAAAAUGGUUGUGGCAAGUGGGAAAACCUUUUGCGGAGAGCAUGCAAACGCGGGUCAAGAAGAUGACAGAAAACGUAUCCCUUGUCCGCUGGAUCCAAAGCAUAUUUGAAGACAGCUUGGCAAAACAUCUGAAGAAGUGCAACUCCAGAGAGAAGCCACACCCUGUGUAUUAUGUUCAAAAUAUAAAUGCUGGACCUGAAGAUGAUGUACCUGCAGAUGAGGUGCCCUUGGCUGAUCGUGCCAAAGAAGAGUUAGACUUGCUGGUUAAGAAACUGAAGAAAGCAGUGGAGGGACUGAACCGUGAACACGAGGAGAGAAUACUAUCCCACCCUGCUCUUUGUGAAGCCCUGAAUGACCCCAAGAAUGGAGAUGUUGCUUUCAAACACCUGAAGCAGCAGGCUUCCCUCUUGGGGCAUAUGAAAGUCUUGGGCUUGCUGUCUGCCAACAAGUGUUAUGUGGAGUUUGGUGCAGGGAAAGGCAAGCUGUCGCACUGGAUCAAUGUCGCUCUGAGAGGAUCUGACAACGUCAAUUUUCUGCUUGUGGAAAGAUCUACAACUCGCUUUAAGGUAGAUGGCAAGAACAGGAGUACUGACUCUGCUAAUGUAUUUGAAAGGCUGCAAGUGGAUAUUCAGCAUCUUAGUUUAGGUAAAGUGCCCUUGCUGUGUGAAAAGGGACUGCCUGUCAUUGGGGUGGGCAAGCACCUGUGUGGGGCAGCUACAGACCUGGCUUUGCGGUGCAUGCUGGGAGACCCUGGAGGGGACCAGGGAGAGCAGAACGAACAGCCGCCCAGAAAGCGUCUGAAGCAGGAGCAGUGGAGUGAGGGGCUGGGGGCGGACGCAGAGCCUGCCCCUGGGGCGGUAGGCGCUAACGCGCAGGCGGACGUGCCGGUGUCUGGGCUCGCCAUCGCUCUGUGCUGCCACCACCGCUGUGACUGGAGGCACUAUGUGGGGAAGGACUUCUUCAGGGAGCGAGGACUGGGCGCGCCGGAGUUCACCGUGCUCCAGCGCAUGUCCAGCUGGGCCACCUGCGGGCUGAGGAAGGCCGCUGACCGCAGUGACGGAGCCCUGCCACCGGGGGGCGGCAGCGAGCGGUGCGAAGAGGAAGACCACGAGCAUGCCGAUGAUACUGUACCGAGCAGCCUGGACGGGGUGGUGUCGGCAGAGGACCGUGAGCACGUGGGCCGUCUGUGCAAGCUGCUGAUCGAUCACGGCCGGGUGGACUUCCUGCGGCGGAAAGGCUUCUGCUCUAGCCUGCAGUACUACACCAGCAGGGACGUCUCCUUGGAAAACGUGCUGCUGACUGCUGUGCCCACUGGCUGAAGACGCGUAACAGGAGCAGACAGGCACAGAUGCGCACGGCACAUCACGCAAGAACGGCACUGCAGCACCCCUAGUGGCCACUGGCACAAUAUGCGCUUCCUGGUUUGCAUAUUGAAGAACUUGCUUACGGUUAAUGGAUAACCAUUCCAAAAGAUCCAUUGUUCUUUAUGCAGUUAUAGAGAUUACUUGACUUGACAUGGUGGACAAGAUACGGUUGACAGGAGGCAGUGGCAGGACUCAGUUGACAGGAAGCAGAAGACAGGAAGAGGUAGACAGACGUAAUGGACAGGACUGACAGGAAGCAGAAGGUAGAGGAAAGCCAACGCGGAGCGCUGUCACAGUGCUGCUUCUGUCCCUGGUACAGCUGGGAUGGUCACAUUUAAUACUGAAGUGUAAUUGGUUGGGGGUUCUGAAAAACACAUUUAAAAAUAAAAUCUUAAAUUAAAAAACUGCUUACAGAUGUAUGAACAUUUCUUAUUAAAAGUUACGUUACAUGAUGCAGUGUUUAUUCAAACUGAAAUAAAGAUUCAUACUGCUACCCCCUGAUGUGCAAAAUGAACAUUAAGCACAGCAUAA